GACGAGUGUGAGUAAAAGGGCAGCUAUUGUGUAUUGGUGCUGAUCUCUAGCAAUACAGCAGUUGCCAAUUUCUCAGGGGCUUUAGGCUACAGCGGAAAAAUGGGACCGUCUGACAUCAGCAAGGAUUUUAGAACUGAUGUAGAUCUGGCAUGCAGAGCAGCAGAAGAAUUUGUCACUCUUUAUUAUGAAACAAUUGAUAAGCGCAGAAGGCAACUGAUUAAACUUUAUAUGGACACAGCUACAUUAGUAUGGAAUGGGAACCCUAUAUCAGGGCAAAACGACCUUAUUGAAUUCUUUGAAAUGUUGCCGUCAAGUGAGUUUCAUGUCAAUAUGCUUGAUUGCCAUCCUGUCCAUGACCAAGCUACCCAAGGGCAGAAAACCGUACUUGUUGUUACUCAUGGAUCAGUAAAAUUUGAGGGUAAUAAACAACAGUACUUCAACCAGCAGUUCCUGUUGACUCUUCAUGUAAUGCCGGCCAACAGCGUAUGGAAGAUAGUGAGUGACUGUUUCCGAUUCCAGGAAUUGGUUAGCUAGGGCCCAGUGUUCACAGAAGUCUGCAAUAAGCUGUGUUCUGUUUCAGAACUCAUCUGUAGUUUUGGAUCUUCACCAUCCGGCAACUUGUUGAAGGACGAUCGAUUUUUCAACGUGUAUUUCAUCACAAGUAUAAGCCAAGCUUUGUGUAAAGUUCUGUUUAAACCAGAAUGAAAUCUAGCUACAAGCGCCAGCUGUAUUGUUUGCUGAUAUAACCAUCUUGUGGUUUUAAUUUUAUAUUUAAAACAGAAUAACCAUUUAUGUUGGUGUUCAUACCAACAGACGUAUUUCUUUCUUAAUAUUAAUGUUUUGUUUUUUUUGUAAAGUAUGCUACUCCAAAAGAUCAUUGUUUAUGUAAACAAAUGAAUUUUUUUUCUUUUUUUGAAAUUUUAUAAUAAAAACUCCCUAAACUGA